AUGGCGGAGAUGUCGCAGCAGCCCAAGACGGGCGCCGGCGGCCUCGAGCCUCUCCCUGUCCAACGCCUCCCACUGGAGCUUCUGCGAAGCGAUGCCGCGCGCGUUGAAGGGUCCAAGUCCCCGCUGCCCAGCCUGCGCUCUGCGCGGCUGACGGCGCGCCAGCGCCUCUCCAGGGAUCUGGAGGACCUCCGUCCAAAGCUCGAGAGCGCCAAAGCCCGCGCUGAAGAGCUGGCACAGGUUGCCUCGGCGAAGCGUUCGGAGCUCGCAACGCUGGCAAAACGGCGCACUGAGGCGGCAGAGCAGUUGGGCAGCCUAUCGCGGAGGCAGCUCUCAGAGAUCCGCCAGCUCUGUCGGAGCCCUCCGGACAGCGUGAAGAGGACGCUGGCGGCGGUCUGGUUGUUUCUGAAUGCCUCAAGAUUUCAGGGGAAGUCUCCAGCAAGCUUCUUCGACGAUCGAAAAGACUGGAGCAAAUGUCAGCGGAUGUUGGCAGACGACGCAUUUAUCGGUCGUAUCCUGAACUACGACACUGCAAUCCUCACCUCGGUGCCUCAUGUAAUGUCUCACGUUGCUGGCACCUACUUGGGCAUCUCUGCAGAUCGCCGGCCGUCGGAUUCGUCUGACUCCUCCUGCACCCGGCCGGAUGCUACCUCACAGGAGCCAGAAACCAGCGAUGGUGCCGCGUUUGGAGGCAGGAUGGCUUCGAGGGCGACCCUGCGGCGCACUCUCACCAAAGAGUUGCAGAUCAGGGAGAUGAUGGCGUCUAAGGGCGUGCCUUUGCCGCCAUUGGAUCUGCCAACAGUGGCUCGUGCCAGCGAGCCAUGCGGCCGGCUGCUGCUGUGGAUGACACGAGUUUUGGAGGAGGUGGGUCUCCGAGCCCAGCUGGAAGCCGAGCUGCAAGCUUGCGAGUCCGAGCUGGACUUGGUAGAGAGGCAGCGCGCCUCCUUCGAGAUGGAGGUGGCCUGUGCUGAGAGAGCUAUGGCCCCUCCCUUGCCCAAGGUCGAGGCUCCAAAGGAGGAGAGGCGAUCGCCGAGGAAGCCUCUCCGGGAAGUGGUCUUGAACCCUCUGCCGAUAUCUGCCAUGGCUCCGCUGCCACUGCCUGCGAAGCCUACGCCAAAAGCGGAGGCUAAAGUUCCCAUUGAGUUGGAUGUGACAGGCCAAUUGGCCUCUGUACAUAGUCAGCUGGCCAAGCUGAAGAUGACCUUUCCGAAGGGCGUUCACGAGAUCUCCGCGUGCGGCACGGAGCUGGAGUGCCUGGACCGAAUGUGCGACAUGUUACGAGAGCACCGGGAUGGGCGCUUGAAGCUCUCGAUCGAGGGCCACAGCCAAGCCAACGAGAGCGAUGGGCUGGACUUGCAGCGAGCAAGGGGGGCCAUGCAGGAGCUCAAAGACAAUGGCAUCUCGGCAGGCCUCCUUCGGGUAGUCGGGCGCGGCUGCGAGUCCAACGACGGCGCUGGAACCCGCAUGGUGGUGGCGAAGCCGCUCCAUGAGCUGGUACCUCUCUACGGCCCAAUCGCUCCGGAGGCUGCUGCCGCCCGAGCUCCCGUCGGCCUUUACUUUGAGGCUCAGCUUUCCAAGCCCGGCAAAGAGGCUGCCUUAAUCCUGGAAGCGAUGGCGGAGUGGCUGAAAUCCGAUAAAACCUUCUCGGAGGUGGUUAUCGAAGGCCACUGCGACCGGCUGGAGCCGCAGGCGCCGCAGCUGUCUCUUUCUCGCGCGAACGCUGUGCGGGAUGUACUGACGCAGUUGGGCGUGGCUUCUUCGAAGCUGCGCGUGCAGGGCUUCGGGUCGGAGCACCCACUCUCCCUGGCGAAUCGCGCCUGCAAUCGCCGUGCGGAAGUCCAUCUUCGCGGAAAGCGAGCUGGAUGA